AUGAGAACUGUGUUGGUGUGUUUGUUUGUUUGCUUCUAUGUGUGCCGAUCUGAUGGGUACUUCGUCGGAGCCGGGUUGAACGUGCGCUUCGCCCAAAUGCUGUACACAGACAGCAAAUACCAGGUCCUUCGUGAGGAGAUGGUCAAGGCCAAUACCAGGAACCUGGUGUACCACUGCCGCGCAGACAAGACUGACUGCGAUGCAGCUCUGGCCAAGAUGAGGUAUAAGGCCAGUAAACACUUCUACGCGUUAGCUAGAGCUGUGGUGGACUAUGUGAAGAACAAGCGACAAGCGCGACCUACUGGUUAUGUUGGAACAGCUACUUUCUGCCAAGACACGACUUGCACAUCAGACACGGAGCCUGUGGUGGUGCUGGGCGGCUGCUACACCCUCGUCUCAUGCGGGGGGAACAUGUCCUGGCAUCUGGAUGCGAUCACCUAUAAGAAGAAACAAGACUUGUAUUUAUCGUAA